CUCAACCCCAUCUCGCCGCUCAAAAAACCCUUCUCCAGCAAUGUGAUCGCGCCGCCCAAGUUCCCCCGCGCGGCCCCGCUCACCUCCAAGUCCUGGAUGGAGGAUAACGCUUUCCGGACCGAUAAUGGUAACAAUCUGUUGCCAUUUCAGGACCGGAGUAGGCCCUAUGACACUUUUAACUUGCACUCGUUGGAGAACUCCUUAAUGGAUAUGAUAAGGACUGAUCAUGAGCCUCUGAAAGGUAAACACUACCCUCCCAGUGGCCCACCAAUGAGUUUCGCUGAUAUAAUGUGGAGGAAUCAUUUUGCAGGACGCAUGGGAAUAAAUUUCCAUCAUCCAGGAACAGAUAAUAUUAUGGCACUUAACAGUCGGUCUUCUCUCUUCCCCUUUGAAGAUGCCUUCCUGGAUGACAGUCACGGCGAUCAGUCCUUGUCCUCUGGCUUAAGUUCCCCCACUCGCUGUCAAAAUGGGGAGCGAGUAGAGCGCUACUCUAGAAAGGUGUUUGUUGGAGGCCUUCCUCCUGACAUCGACGAAGAUGAGAUCACUGCCAGCUUCCGCAGGUUCGGACCUCUUGUGGUGGACUGGCCUCACAAAGCUGAAAGCAAGUCGUACUUUCCUCCGAAAGGCUAUGCCUUUCUGCUGUUCCAGGAGGAGAGCUCAGUGCAAGCUCUGAUCGAUGCCUGCCUGGAGGAAGACGGGAAACUGUACCUGUGCGUGUCCAGCCCCACCAUCAAGGAUAAACCGGUGCAAAUUCGACCAUGGAACCUAAGUGACAGUGACUUUGUAAUGGAUGGUUCUCAGCCUUUGGACCCCAGAAAAACUAUCUUUGUUGGGGGAGUUCCACGACCCCUUCGAGCUGUUGAACUGGCAAUGAUCAUGGACCGUUUGUAUGGUGGUGUCUGCUAUGCUGGCAUUGAUACGGACCCAGAGCUGAAGUACCCCAAAGGUGCUGGCCGCGUGGCGUUCUCCAAUCAGCAGAGCUACAUCGCAGCCAUCAGCGCUCGCUUUGUGCAGCUCCAACACAAUGACAUUGACAAACGGGUGGAAGUGAAGCCAUAUGUGCUGGAUGAUCAGAUGUGUGAUGAGUGCCAGGGCACACGCUGUGGGGGGAAGUUUGCCCCGUUCUUCUGUGCCAACGUCACCUGCCUGCAGUAUUACUGCGAAUACUGCUGGGCCAGCAUCCACUCCCGCGCCGGGCGGGAGUUCCACAAACCGCUGGUGAAGGAGGGAGGCGACCGCCCUCGCCACGUCCCGUUCCGCUGGAGCUGAGCCCAGGGCAGACCUGGCCACAAGUACUGGAGUAGAUGACACGGAGGGAAACGAGAGGGCACUGCCUCAGGGCUUACAGUGUUCUGGAAAUCUGUGCAUUCGUUCUCGAUUUUUAAAGAAGAAAUGGGUCUUUUUAUUAUUAUUAUUAUUAUUUACAGUCAUAUUACUGAACUCAAUGUCCAGUAUAAUGCAAAAUUGCAGAGUGUAUAACGGUACUGAUUUGCACUUUGAUUCACACCUUUGUCUGCUUGGUACCUUCAUUUCUUACACCUGACUUGUCCCCCGUGACAGUACGUAGACUGCCAUUCUCAUCAGCGGCCGUCAGGUCGACGUCUGUGAUUUUUUCGUUUGUUGUUGUUGUGUUGUUGUUGUUCCGAUUGUUUUUGAACUGGAGCAUGCACUUAUUUUCAGAAACUUAGAGAGUUGCCCCUAGGAGAAGACUUACCAAAGGUAAUACUCGUGAGUAGGUGGCAGAUGUAGCAAAAACUUCACAACAAUUCAGCAAUCACUAGUUGGGGUCAUUUAGAGUAAGGAUAACCCUUAAUGAAAAUAAGCCUUUAGUUGCUCUCUAUCUUGACAUGUAAGGAUACCUCAUAAGCUGAAUCUUUAUUUUUUCCUUCACGUUUGAUUUUUUGUUUUGCUGAGGACUUCAGUUAGAUCUUUUAGUGUUACGUAAAUUUAUGCUGCAAUAGCUUUUGCUGCUAUUAAAAUGGUAUUAUUAAUACCAUAAUACUCUAUUCAGGCUAAGGUAUCAAUGAAAAAAAAAACCCAACAACACACUUCUGUGAUUUAGGGAUAGAAUCCGCUGCCGAAAGGAGAUCAGGAGAGACUUCAGAAGGCUUCAACGGAAGGUCACUAUUUCCGACUGCAUGUUUACUUAAUCAGGUUGCUGCAUGCAAUAAAUUUUAUAUCCAAUGUCUAGUAUGAAACCUUCCCACAAUGCACAAAUUAAGAAUCUAUAUAAGCUAUAAAAUACUGAUUUUUUUAAACAAAAAAAAAAACACAAGAUUUUUUUCAUUCAAAGAAUUGGUAAUUGACUGGAGGAAGGCAUGCCUCAAUAAAUGGAAUGCUUCUGAAAUUAGGAAGAGUCCAUAACAGAAUGACCUAUAUUACAACCAAUAUACAACCUAGGUGUAGGAUAUUCUUAAAGCAAAUUCGUGGAUGGUAGAUGAAGUACUUUGCGGUGCUCUGUUAUAUAUUGUGCAAUUUAUUUUAUAUAGUAAAGUGAUUAUGUCUAACUGUGAUCAAACUUAACUGUUUAAAGCCUCUGUGUCAGACGUUAAUGAACUUGACAGUUCACAACUGGUAUACUCUUAACUAACACAUGAGCUCUUAGUUCCAAUCUCCUAGUGCUUGCACCAUUUUACAUAGCUUCAGACCUUGUCCAGAAAACCAAAGAGCUCAUCUUAGCUUACAAACACUAGGAAUAUAUACAGUAUAUAGAGAUAAGUUGUCAGAUUGACAAACUAGGCACACUUUAAGAAAGUCGCGUGAUGGUGAUGCUAAAGAAAUGUCUGUACAAGAAACGAUGGCCUGGGUGGGGUUGGUUGUCUGGGUGAGAAAUUCACUACUUAAUUCCCUGGAUUUAUCCUGUAAAGCUUGAAUAGAAUUAAGACCUGCUAAUACUACCGUGGACAUUUUUUUAGCAUUCACUCUUGGGCUGCAGAUAGUAAUAUAUAAACACACACGAUGAUUGUGAGACUAUGUAGAUUUUUUUUUUAAUCUUCUUCCUAUGUUUUGGAAAUCUGGGGACAAUCUGACUGGAUAUGACACUGCAGACUAGGUUUAAAUCGCUGUGUUUUACGUGCUGUGAUGUCCUUGUACUGUCUUAAGUUAAUAUUGCUUGUUUUCGUCCCAUUCUGUUUUGUUUCUCCGGUGUUUCGUUGCAAUUACCAGCUCUCAAACUAUAGAUUGUUUCCAAAAAGGAAAAACAAAAUAGUUUUUUACUGGAUUAAAAAUGCUUAUUAGAAAUUCUCCCCUUUUGAGGUUACCUCUGGGCUUUUUGGUAAGAAUUGCUUUUUUCCAGCCCAGCUGUGGUUUUCUGUUUGUUUGUUUUCUAUGUUUGUGGUUUGUUUUUUCAUCUGUACAAGAAAUUUUGUUAUGCACUACUACUUUUUGUAUUCUAGACAGUUUUCAAAAGUUGGCUGAAGAUUUUUUUGUUUGUUUGUUUUUAAGGAAAAAGGCAUGCUUUCUGACUGACAUGAUCUUUUGCAAUACCUCAAUUUUGAAAUAUAGGAGAGAAAAUGAUAUUUUCUAAGUAAGUUUAUUCAGAAAAAUAUAUAUUAAUUUAAUUCUGCAAGAAAAAUGAUUUAACAGAUGGGUAACUUUAUUUUUUUCAUGCUUAUUUGUGUUUUUUGAAAAUGAAGAAGUUAGAGCUUUAUAACUAUAAUAUUAAAGAUCAUAUCUAACCUACAGAAAUCUACCUAAUUAUAUGAAAGAAGCAAAACUUUUUGAAGAAGCACCCCUCUUUCAUGUACUAAAAUAACACUGAGAUUUAAAAAAACAACAACAACAACAAAAAAGCUGGAAGAUUGUACAGCAUAAAGCUUAACGUGAAAGUGAGAAAAAACGUGGUCAUGAAGAAUAGGUUACAAAAAAUAAACUCCAUUUGGUGCUGAAAGUUGUGAAUAGAUGGUGGAAACUACUUUCCCUUAAUUUGUAUAUUUAUAAUCAAGCGUUGAUUGUGCACGACUGGCCAGGAUUGUGAAAGAAUUCUUCUGUUUGUAUUUUUUUAAAGAGAACUUUUUUAGUUUAUUAAAUUAUAACAUGUUCCCUUUUGUUUUGUAAAUAAAUGUGCCCCCCUCCCCCCAAGUUGUUAAUGUUAUAUUAAAAGAGAGGGUCCUUCAAAAAAAAUUAUUUUUUAAAACACAGAGGUGUUCUGACCUGCAACUUGACUGGGAAGCCCCUGGGUAUCACAGGUCCUGUUGUGGCCUUUCCUUGAUGUGACACUUGAACUAGUCGAUUUUUUGAAGGCUAUAACCUAACCUCGACUAUUUGUUGUUAUGUGCAAUACUGUUUGUACUGUUUGUAUAAAAAAUAGAAAAAAAAAAGAAAAGAAAAAAGGCAUAAAUCUUUAUUGCAGAUUUAUUUUCAUUGCAAACUUUAGACAUUGUGAUUCACUGAAAUCAUUUUUCUACUGUCAAAUAUGUACCUUUUCUUCAUGCUGGUAUUUUUUCAAUAGUAAUGUAGCCUUUGUACUGAGACAAAUUUUCAUUGUUAUUUUUAGAGAGAUUUUUUGCUAAGAAAAAAAUUAAACAUAUUUACAUAUUUUUCAUUUUAUUUCGUAUUUUCUUUAAGGAGUGCUUUCUCAAUCAUUAAUAGAGUUGUUUCUGGGAGGGACUUUCAUAUCUGGUCAAUGUCAUAAUAUUAUUUUGUAUUUUUACUUGGAAUAAAUUAAUUUUAUGAUGCUAAUUCUUUAAAAGUUUAUUUUUUUCAUUUUCAGUUAUUUUUGAAGCUAAAACCUUUGUAAUAUUGUUACUAAAGUGUCUAGUUUUUUGAAAUGCAAAGCUUUAUGUAUUAACUUGCUGAUGUGGUUUACAAUAGUGUGACAACAAUGAAAACGGUUGGUUAUGUAAAGUGAUUGGAAAAUGUAAUGAAUAAUUGGGUAAUAAAAUGACAGAAUGAGCAGAACAUGUGAGAUUUUGACAAGCCUUUUCCUUUGUUACAGUGGUUUAGUGUAAGCUUAGGGAUGUCACAGUACAGUUCUCUAGGGAUGUCACAGUGGAUUUAUACAACACCAGGUGCAGCCACAUCUGUGGCCCUGAUCAUGGUCACCCUCAUGAGACACCACCAGGCUGACACCUGGCCAGGUCAACAGAAUGACUCAUUGCUUUCCCCUCUGACUCUUCAUUAUGUCGUGUGUGUGUGUGUGUGUGUGUGUGUGUGUGUGUGAGAAUCUGCCUCCCACUGCUGACCAUGUGUGAGAUGGUGCCUUUCGCCCAGGCCACACCCUUUCCAUUCAUUCACUGUGGUGACGUCUGAGAGUAAAAGGAAUUGCUGAGAGGACACCACCUUCUGGGUAGUUAGACACAGAUUGCAGGGUCUCCCCUGAGUCACCCCAGUUCCUCUGGGGGGUGUACCGAAGAGGCACUCUCAGCCGUCACCACGGUCAUGGACAGUCUCAGACUUCAUCUUCCUUCACCUCCCACCUGCUCCCUGCUAUGGUGCCCCUCGUUUGUCCCUUAUUGUGGCAACACAUCUGGCAACCCUCUGAGCAUGAUCUGUCUGCCCUCCUGCUUCUUUUCCAACACCCACCUCACCUCGAAGCUGUGCUGUGAAGGCAGCGUGCCACUGUAACGGCACCUAAAAUUAAGACGACAAAAAAAACCCAACAUACAACUGCAAAACUGGUGUUGCGUAAACAGAACAUCCAAUGACUUGCUCUAGAUCGAUGGUGUGUUUCUACUAGUCCUUGCCGGCCUCUUCCGGUCCCGCUGCCAGGGAGGCGAGGUUGUCAAUGGCUCGGAGAAACGGGUGUCCAGCGUUGGCUUUUGGGUAUGCUCUCUGUAUUCAGUUUUGUAAAUAAUAUA